AUGUAUAAGAAGCUGCAGGACGAGGUAACCUGCUUUACCGAUUGUACAAGGCAACCAACCCUCUUGGUCCUCCGCUAUCAAAACAAGGCAAAAGGACUUUGCCCGCCUCACUUCUGUCUUCAUUCCAUUCGUCAACUGCACGGUGCCCUAUGUGUAGCUAUACAGAAGUCAAUUUCUGGUGCGGGCAUGUCCGCUGGACGGUUUGUGCAUGGUGUAUCAACUAUGAGACAACUCACAUACGUUGCGCUCCCUUCGUCGUGGCGAUUGAGUUUAAGUAAGUUUCUUUACAACUUGAAAAUUAAGCUUGCUUCUAAUGAUUAGUACAGAUUAGAUAAACAAUGUGGUUUGUUAAUGUCCUUUUGAAAGAGAAGAUAGAUAUUAAUGCAUCUAUCUAGGUGAUUGUAGGCCACCUGCUAUCAAGCCAACCUGGAUGCCAAAGACCAAAGACAAAGGUGGAGAAUUUCAAGUCUGA